UGGGAGGCAAAUCCAUCUGCAAACCCAGACAGCCCCCAGUACUGGUUUGGCAGUGCACCUUUCGACUUGCAGUGCGGGAACCCAUGGCUCCGUGGCUGCUCCUUGCUGCAGACUGCUGGAGUGACCCUCCCCUCUCUUACUCAAUCCAUCUGGUCUACCAGUACAUCAGCGCAUGUAUAUCCCAUGUCAUCGGUGAGGAACACGCUCGAGUCUGUCUCCUCACAGGUGCAUUCCGUUCGGAAUUGUGCCAGAUGAAAUCAUGAUUGGAUGACGCGAACUGCCAUCUACCGGUGAGUCUACCAAGGCGAGGACGGUCGAUGCACGUUCAAGGUCUAGGUAAUUCAGCUUCACUUCUUUCCGCCACUCACAAACUUCCACGCAUCGCUUGCUAGGGUUGGCCAUUGACGUUGAUCUUGCCUCUUCCCUUACGACUCCGAGCUUGAGGCUCUACAGGGAUUAUCGCGUGCUCUGAGAGAUUUCCUGUGAAGUAUACAUUUCGCUGUUUUCUGUCUGCAUUCCAUCUGGAAUUCCAUGAAUGCUAUUUUGUUCUUGGGCUGAGAAAGGCCUUUCAUGAGCCAUGGAUCCUCGUCACCGUGGACUAUACGUCCGAUGGUGUCAGAGUCCUCGGGUCGAGUUGUUAGCCGGUGAAGAUGUCGGCCCAAUUGAGAGAUUUCUCAUACCUCAAGAGUUUCUGCAACGUCGCUCGCGGACUCUCAGGGAUCAAAUCGCCCGGCUCCCAUCCCAUCACUCCCAAAGAGAAAUUGCGCUCCCCGAGACUGCCCCCCAAACAAUGGAAGAGUUCUUUGUGUGGAACUUCACCCCAAAUCCUCAGAUCGAUGAUAGGUUGAGUUUCAGCGAAGUAGUUCAACUUGGAGUGUUUGCCUGGAAGUACCAGGUCUCGGCUCUGAGCAACCAGGUGACUGACAUGAUCCGCCACAACCUCGCAAACAAUGACUGGAAACUGGAAGCGGCCGUUGUGGACGCCAUCUACCAAGCAGCACCCGACAAGAGUCCGCUCCGAGAGGUGAUCAAGGCGGCUUUGGGACAGCUGCCGAGGUCUAGUAUCGAUGGUGAUGCAUGGGAAAGGACCUGGAAGCGCAACCCAGAUCUUGGCUGGGACCACCACAAAUCCAGCGACAAGGAGUGGACGGCCAAGGACUAUUUGACCGGGUCUUGCCGUUUCCAUAACCACGACGAAAUCAAACGUCGGCAGAGUCUGUGUGAUGGAUGUCCCUAUGCCCAAGAAGAUUGCUAUCCCUUCUGGGAAGAGGAUGCGGAACGCGCACAAGAGCCAGAAGUCAAAGCAGCAGCCGAAGAGACGCCAUCAGUAGAAGAUCAGUUCAUGGAGGAGGUGUUUCCCGCGGUCACUCCAACGGAGCAAGCAGUAGAGGAAGUGAACGGACUCGAUGCAUCAGCCGUCUUCGAGGAUGCACCGGAGCACGCACCUGAAGAAACGGCCAUUUUUGAUACCACUGCCGAGACGAACGGAUUCGCCGACCACAAUCUUCCAGAGGAAGUGACCGAGGAUGGUGAUGGUGUGCAGACCCCGCAGCCAGAGACCAACGGAGUCAAGCACCCCUUCUCCCCUGAGGAAGGCCCGUGUGAGUCAGUGUGUGGCGACGCAUGCAGCGACGAAGGGAUCGUGGCGGCGAACGGGAACGGCGUUGUGACCAAUGGGCUGGAGGAGAAAGGUAACGAAGCCGUGCACGUGGAGGCCGUCAACGGGCACGAGGUCCCUGUCGUGGACGGGAAGAAGAAGAAGAAGAAAAAGAAGAAGAGGAUGAGUUUCAACAACGGCACCGACAACCCCAAUGAAGCACAGGUUGUCCACUGAUUCUCUGACUAGCAGACAAGGCUUUCGGGCAUGGGAAAAGUGUGGACGGACGGGAUGGAGGAGGGAAUUUGCCAAAGGGUGUCUGUCUCUCGGUUCCUCAGAAUGUAUCUCCCAGUCAGAUGUUUUGCAUGUAGGAGGCGUUAGGUAGCAACACGGAUUGUCAUUGGAAAA